AUGAACGGAGUGAUCGUUCAUCGUACCGAAAAUUUCCCCACAAAAGAGAUCCAUCAUGACGCGCGAAGUAUUCGAGAUUUGAAAAACGCUAAAUCACUGACCUCAAUCCGUUUCCUCGAUUCACCGACCAGUUUACAAAAUGUAGCUGCACAAAUUUGCCGCGAGCUUUCAAAAGAACAAGACGGUUUCCCGAGUCACGAUGAGUUGCUGUCGAAUUUGAUUACUACAAAUGAGUAUCCUCAUUUCAAAAAUGCUGUCAAAAAUUUCAAUCACGAUCCCGAGUUAACAAUUGGAUAUGCUGAACACAUUGGCUUGCAAAGAAGAAGGGUUUUCAUUUAUAAAGUCCCCACUUUGGAUCAGCAAAUUUUUGAGUAUUUCGUUGUUGUUUAUACACCUUUUAAACAGAAAUACACGAAAACCGCUGAAGAAACAGCAAAAACAUUUGCGAGUUUAUUCGUUUCGGAAACUCUUCGACGACGCUUCAAUGAGGCGAAAAAUGAAGAAGAAGGGUUUAUGAUAUUGGAGAAUGAGGAAACGAUAUAUUCAUCUGGAUCAGAGAUAUUUGAAGAACGGCAUUCGAACGGUCCAUGGUACCCAGGCAAGGGAAUCAUUUCCGAUCUUCGGCUACGACUCCACUAUUACAAAUCAGACUUCACUGAUGCUUUCUCCGAUCGUAGAAGUGUGGAAAAGUGUUUGAGUACAACGAUUUUCUUAUUGUUUACAAUUCUACCGACAUCGAUCGCUUAUGGAAUGUUAAACGAGGAGAAUACUGGCUCUGUAGUCAAUGUGUCAAAGGUGAUACUCGGUCAGUGGAUUGGUGGAUUAUUCUUUGGGAUAUUUGGUGGACAACAGCUUUUGAUUAUGACCACAUCGGCUCCGUUGAGUAUUUAUAUUCAUGUUCUUUUCAACAUCGCCCAUUUAAAUCACUGGGACUUCUGGCAAUUGUUUGCGUGCGUCGGGAUUUGGUGUCAAAUUUUCUUAUUCUUCUAUGCGAUUUUCGAAGCCUCCGCAAUUAUGAGACACAUGAAAAGGUCAACAGAAGAACUCUUUUCACUUUUCAUCUCAACGACUUUUGUUUACAAAGGAAUUCGGGCAAUGUACGACGUCUACAAGAACAAUGUGAAUUGUUUAGAGAAUGGGCAACAAGGAUGUGACACAGCAUCUGUUCUAAUCUUCAUCGGCAGUGUCCUCUUGUGUUGGAGAUUGGCAACGGCGUUCUCGAAUUUCCGCAACAAAACCAUUUUGACGGACUCGUUUCGAGAGACGAUCUCUGACUAUGCGUUGCCGAUUUCAGUGCUUUUCGCGGCUCUCGUCACGCAGAUUCUAUUCUUUGACGUGCAUCAAACGACAUUCCAUUCCUCAACCACCUCUGAUGCACAUUGGAUCGAAUUCUGGAAAUUACCUUUGAAAGGACAUUUGGUCGCCAUCGGGUUAAGCUUUCCCCUCUCAAUUCUCUUCUUUGUCGAUCAACUUCUGGUGACAAACACCGUUGACAAUAAACAGAACAGUCUAAAGAAAGGCUCAUCACAUAAUUGGGAUUUCUUGGUGGUUGCCGUUUUGAAUGUGGCUCUAUCGGUGUUCGGGAUUCCGUGGAUGCAUGCCGGUUUACCCCAAUCAUUCCUUCAUUUCAAAGCGCUGGCCGAUGUCGGAAAAGACGCUACUCAAAGAGAAGUGAUCCAAAAAGUUCGCGAAACGAGAAUCCCCGUGCUCUCAGCACACCUCCUAAUGAUCCCAUUUUAUUUCUUCUUGCCAAAGAUUGCUCAUCUGAUGCCGAUUUCAUUGUUUUACGGGCUAUUUUUGUUCAUGGCGAUUAGUAGUUUGACUGGACACGAGUUCUUUGAGAGGAUAUGUUUGUUCUUCACAGAACAGGCCCACUACCCGCGACGAGAUUACAUCACAAAAGUCGAUCAGCGAACCAUUCACAAAUUCACUUUUUGUCAACUUCUACAAUUAGGCGUCUUGUUGAUUGUUGGAAUGGCUCCGGUAAAUUAUGUCCGGAUGACGUUUCCAUUGGUGAUUUUUAUGUUCAUUCCGAUCAGAAUGUUCAUCCUUCCAAUGUUUUUUUCGCAGAGAGAUCUCGAAUUGGUUGAUGGAGCUCAU